AUGUCGCUUGAAGAUGAAGAGUUUGUGAUUCCUGUGAUGGAGAGUCUUCUGCCAGAGAUAAGCACAAGGCUAAACCCACCAAAAGAGGUAUUGGUAGAUAACAGUUGCUGGGUCUUGGCGUUUACAGGUGCGUUCUGUGCGAUUGUUCACUCGAUAGAGAUCCCAAGUCACGCUAAAUCCGUUAAGGAGAUUGCGUAUAAGAUGGUAGAUUCAGUGAGAGAGCUAGUGGAAAGAGGAAUGGAAGUUGGGCUAGUGAGGAGAGCUUUCAGAGAUGUAGAAAACAUUGUGAAGAAACAAUUGGAAUGGUUUGGUACAAGCGACUUCAAAUUCGUCAAGGGUAUGCUUUGGAGACUCUAUGAGAUCAAAGGCAUGAAAAUGGAGAGUAAAAUUGUGUUGUGGAGAAUCAGUUUUAUUCUCGAGAGAGGAGUGGCCGAGCAGCUUAAAGAAUACCCAAAGACUGAGCUUGAUUGGAUAAACCAACCUGAGGAUUAA